CACAUUACAAACGACCUGAACGACGUCGCAGAAAACGAAAAGGACGAAACUUGGGGCAAGAAGUCUACACCCUCUUCCAAUGUCAACCCACCACUCCACCAGAGAUCCAGGUGGAGAUGAUGAACCAGCAUUCCGGACCGGCUUUCGGCUUACGGACUCGGGGUAUGUGCGAAAGAAAGCACCUUUCACUUUUUUGUCGUCAGUCUGAUAUCAGACAAAUGUGAUGCAGUGGAUUAUAGACGCCAUGUCGUUUUGGACCAAAACUAAUUCAAUCCAAUUUCCACAAGCUGUGGAGAAGAAUAACUGAAUAAGUACUUCAACUUGGAGACCUCCGUCACAGAAACCAAGGUAAGGACCAGAGGGAGUGAAGAAAUGGGGGAUUUGUACGCUUUGGAUUUCGAUGGAGUUAUCUGCGAUAGCUGCGGAGAGAGCUCCGUCUCUGCUGUGAAGGCUGCUAAAGUGAGAUGGCCAGCUCUGUUCAACGGUGUUGAUUCGGCUUUAGAGAAUUGGGUUGUUGAUCAAAUGCACGUAGUGAGACCUGUGGUGGAAACUGGGUAUGAGAAUCUUUUACUUGUGAGGUUACUUCUGGAGAUGAGAAUUCCUUCUAUAAGGAAGUCAUCAGUUGCAGAAGGGCUCACAGUGGAAGGAAUAUUGGAGAAGUGGUCAGCAUUGAAGCCUGUGAUUAUGGAGGAAUGGGGUGAGGAAAGGGAUCCUCUUGUAAAUCUGUUCGGAAAGGUCAGGGAUGAGUGGAUGGACCAGGACUUGAAUACUUGGAUUGGUGCAAAUAGAUUAUAUCCAGGUGUAUCUGAUGCUCUAAGAUUUGCAAGCUCGACAAUAUAUAUAGUCACCACAAAGCAGAGCCGAUUUGCUGACGCUUUACUGCGAGAACUUGCAGGAGUUACAAUACCACCUGAAAGAAUAUUUGGUCUUGGAUCUGGUCCUAAGGUAGAAGUAUUGAAGAUGCUUCAGAAGAAACCAGAACAUCAAGGGCUGAAACUGCACUUUGUGGAAGAUAGACUGGCAACCCUAAAGAAUGUUAUUAAAGAACCUGAAUUGGAUGGUUGGAGCUUGUAUCUAGGGGAUUGGGGGUACAAUACAGAGGAAGAGAGAGACGAAGCUUCUAGAAUCUCCAGGAUUCAGAUUCUUCAGCUUUCUGACUUCAGCACAAAGUUGAAGUAGCCUCUGUUCUUACCGUUGUUGUUCCCUAUUCAGUUGUGAAUGUGCUAAUUCAUAUAAACGGCAAAUUACAGUGUCUUCAUGUAAUGUACAUUUACAUUGAUAGAUUCAGAGAUUUUCAUGUAGUUCCUGCAGAAAUUUUUGCACGGAGGAAUCAUAACUUUUGCAAAUAAAAGAGCUCAAGCAUUGGUUGUUGUGGAA